UUACAAAGAUACAUUUUCCUGGCAGCACUUCCUGGCUUUGAAGGAUGGAUGAUGGGCCUGUGACUGAUCCUGCCUGCCUGCCUCGUCCUGCCUAUCAAUGGAGCAGAUGUGGAACUCCUCCAGCCCACCUCCACAGCUCAUGUCCAACAUGUCUGCCUCCACUCUGCCCGAGGGCUGGGCUCCGUCCCAGUCGCUAGCCCUGCUGGCCAUGCUGCUCAUGGAUCUGCUGGCCGUCGUGGGCAACGCGGCCGUCAUGGUGGUCAUCGCCAAGGCUCCGCAGCUCCACAAGUUUGCCUUCGUCUUCCACCUGUGCGUGGUGGACCUGCUGGCGGCGCUGUUGCUGAUGCCCCUCGGCAUGCUCUCCAGCCGCGUGUUCUUCGGGGAAGCCUUUUGCCGGAGCUACCUCUUCCUCAGUGUGUGCCUGGUCAGCGCUGCUAUUCUCUCCAUCUCCGUCAUCAACGUGGAGCGCUACUACUACAUCAUCCACCCCAUGCGCUACGAAGUCAAAAUGACAGUGGGUCUGGUGGCAUCGGUGUUGGUGGGCAUUUGGGUCAAGGCCCUGGCCAUGUCCACUCUGCCGCUGCUCGCUUGGUUCCUGCAAGGCGGGAGAUCGCCGCUCCUCGAGGGCGGCGGCGUAGCGGGAGGUGGAGCAGGAGGAGGAGGAGGAGGAGGAAGUGGAGCCGUCCCUUCUCCUCCUGUUCAGGGUCACAGGCGCUGCUCGCUGCACUGGACAGGUGGAGGGUCAAACCGCCUGGCCUUCAUGGUCCUUUUCACUCUGGUAUAUUUCUUGUGCCCCCUGCUGGUGAUUCUUGUAGUUUACUGCAAUGUUUUCAAAGUGGCCCGGGUCGCCGCCAUGCAACACGGGCCGCUGCCCACUUGGAUGGACACACCCCGGCGCCAGCGCUCGGAAUCGCUCAGCAGCCGUUCCACCAUGGUCACCAGCUCAGGCACAGAGGCCGGGACGGGGACGGGGAGGACCACUCCACAGCGCCCCUUUGGGGGAGGGAAGGCCGCUGCGGUUUUAGCAGCAGUCGGUGGACAGUUCCUCUGUUGCUGGCUGCCCUACUUUGCGUUCCACCUCUACUCGGCUCUGAUUGCCAGCCCUCCAGCCACACUGGCCUCUCUGGAGGAGGUCGUCACCUGGAUCGGAUACUUCUGCUUCACCUCCAACCCUUUUUUCUACGGCUGUCUCAACAGGCAGAUCCGAGAGGAGCUGGGAAAACACCUGCCGUGUCUGUUCCGUCGGGCCGGGGUGGAGGUGGAGGACAGACUGCCGAGCCGGGAGGGAUCCAUCGAGGAGAAUUUUCUUCAGUUUCUUCAGGGCACUGGCUGCAACCUGGACCCCCAAAACUCUCACAGCACCUCCAGUCCCAAAGGUGAGGCCUGCUGCCCGGCCGCCCAGCCACCGACGCCUGAGCCCUUACCCAUAGAUUUCCGCAUCCCUGGACAAAUUGCAGAGGAGACUUCAGAGUUUAACGAGGGCGAGCAGGUGAAAACCAACCACAUAUUGACAGAACAUUAAAUUUCUACCCAUUUAUUUACUGAAUUUGUCUCUAAUUUUGGUUGAUGUCACGGGACUCUUUCCACUGGGCUCUGUCUUACAGCUUUGGAACGACGAAAAGCAAAACGUUUCUGCUUCAUUUGAUUUGAUUCCACUUUCUGAUCAUGGUCACAGUGAAAUACAUUUUUGAAUAAACACUUGGACAAAAGUGUUUCUGCUAAAGCUCAAAAACUGCUCAGCUCUGCACAGAAAUUGCUGAAAUAACCUUGAUAUCAAUUCUAAAUAAAUAUAAUACAGAGUACUUUAACGUACGACAAACCUGCAGUGAAAACUAAAACAAACAAAACAUAACAUACUUCUCUGUUUGGACAUAAGGCAAAACAGACCCAUUUUGGGUCAAAACCACUUCUUCUUUUUUUUUUAUAAAAAUGACCUUACAUUUCUGAAAGAUUGAACACAGCAUUCUUGUCAUUUUUGGCUUCAAUCAGUGAAGUUUUAGCAGCCAAACCAGUUGUGACCAGUUUUGUCAAUUUGAUCAUUGUUUGUUCUAGUUUUUAAGCUGACUACGAACCCACCGGAUCUUUCUGCCAGGUGACGUGUUUAUCUGUAUAUUUGAAAACAGGCCUUAAAGAGUCGGUACUUUAUUGAAUAAUUAUCCUACAGUAUCUUUGGUUGUUCUGUAUUGAUCUGCAUAUUCUGUUUCCUUUUGGUUGUGAAUGUCGGUUAGAGGAGUUUUUAUUAGUGAGUGUAGAGUUUUCUUUAGUUUUUGUUUUUGUUUUUUUCCUGAAUAUUACAGGGUGGUGGAUGUGUUUCCAGGUGUGUGCAGUGAACUGCCUUCCUUAGUGUAGUUGUCGGCUGUUGAGUUGUUUUUUUCUUCCUUUCUUUAAUCCAGAAGAAAAAACAAAAACAGAACUGUACAGUUUUUGACUUCCUUCCUCACCAGGGUUUUUUCAGUACCUCAGACAGAGAGAGAGAGAGAAAAUAAAGAGGAAAAAAAACAAUAACUUAAGAGUUUACACACAUUCAUGCCAAGAGUGAAUCCUGUACACUGUGUUCUUAUGCCAUAAGGAGAAUAAUGUGACUACCUGAUGAGGAUAUCAAAAGAACAAGAUCCAGUUGAAGACAAGAGUUUUUUAGAGCUAAUUUCAAUACAAUAAAAUGUUCCUGGAAAUAAAAAAAA